UGGACGAUUCCUAUAUAUGCGGAAAAUGAGAGAGAGCUGCAUGGUUUUUUGAAUAAUUUAUUCAUCUAUAUAAAAAACAAUGAUUCCUCUCAGUUCCAAAAGGCUACUCGGAUGCAAGUGGAUCAAUAAAAGGCGUAUAGCAAAACAGUUUCAUAUACGUCGUCCAAUACCAGCAGAAUGUCGCCUGGCAAUAACAUUAGUAUAUUUGGCCCAUGGAGUUUGCCGCCAGAUGUUGGCUUGGGCUUUUCGAGUAGGAGUAUCAACAAUUGGCAAAAUUUUAUUGGAAACAUCCGCAGCCAUUUGGGAUGAACUUUCAGGAAUAUACUUAGCGCAACUAAAUGAACAUGAGUGGAUGGAAAUGGCCGAUUCAUUUUACAUCAAGACAGGAAUGCCUCAUGUUGUAGGAGCUGUUGACGGCAAACAUGUCCAAAUCAAGUGUCCGCGAAAAUCCGGAUCACUGUAUUUUAAUUAUAAGCAAUAUUUUAGUAUUGUGUUGUUAGCCGUUUGUGAGAGCAAAUAUACAUUCACCGCAGUAGACAUUGAAGCUUACGGAAGCCAAAGUGAUGGCGGAGUGUUAAAAAUCAGUGGUUUUGGAAAUAGAAUAAUAAACGGAAUAAUGAACCUACCAGAAGUAGAAAAUUUUUCACUUAGUGCGAUAAAAUUCCCAUUUUCUUAUGUGGGAGAUGCUGCUUUUCCGUUGACAAAACAUUUGAUGAGGCCAUAUCCGGGAAAGUGUUUGGAAGCAAACAAAGACCACUUCRAUAAAUGUUUAUCCAGAGCGCGGGUUACAAUUGAAAAUACAUUUGGCAUUUUAGUGGUUAGAUGGCGAGUUCUCAAUAAUUCUUUGGAUAUGUYUCCCGAAAAUGCCAAUACCAUAGUUAGAGCUACAUUAAUUUUACAAAAUUUUGUAAAGUUCCAUAACGCCGAAUUCUAUUGUCCCAACAACUUCGUUGACCACGUAAAUGAAAGUGGCAUUCUAAUUGAAGGGCAGUGGAGACAAUUUGUAGCGCCAUUACAUCAGAGUACGAUAUUAUCAAGCGCUAACGCAAGACGAAGUGCUUUUGAUACCCGAGAUCUUCUUAAAAAUUAUCUCUUCUUUAAUAAAUAAGUAAAUAAUUCAAUAAAUGUAUUA